CCACAGCCACCCAAGCAAGACUGACUCUUUAAAUAUCCCCGCAGAAACCGGGGAGGCCAAUUGCAGUGCGCGCAAAGACGCACGAUGGCCACCGUACCGUGUUUACUCCUCUUGGCGGCGAUAGUCGCACUGAGCGCCGCCGCCCCGGCUGACAAGGCAUCGGCACUCCUGGACGGCGAAAAGCGGAUCGACGAGCCACUAAACAUGCUGAUGCUGGAAGCAGCGAAGUUGAAGAAGGACGAAGAAGAAGCUUUGACCAAGAAAAGCGUCGACUCUCAGAAAGACUGGCCUGUGGACGCACCCUUGAUCAAGAAAGUUGUCAUGAAGGUUCUAAAGGAGUUGAAGAACCCAACAGAUGUGAUGUCCCAAGACAGCAGGGGUCUUCAAGAAACACGAACGCAAUGCGGAGGACAGUUCACCGACAUAGAAGGCGAGUUCACGUCUCCGAACUACCCCGAGAACUACGACAACGAGCUGAGCUGUACCUGGACCAUCACACUGCCGGACAACAACCUCGUGCUUCUGACCGCCGACGACUUCCAGACAGAAAGGGCUUACGACGUCGUCAAGUUUUUCGACGGUGACAGCGCCUCUGCAUCUGAGAUACGGAGCGUUGCCGGUUUGCCCAGAGAUCUGUCCACCAUCGUCAGUACCGGUCCCAGCCUGACUGUCGGCUUCACGAGUGAUGGCAGUGUUACGGAGAAGGGAUUCUCAUUUUCUUACCAAGCGAUCAAAUGUGGAGGUCAGGUGACCGACUCCAAAGUGCCCAUCACCAGUCCCGGGUUCGGAGUUCUGGACCGGUACCCGAACAACACGGACUGUGAGUGGGUCAUACUGGUCAAGCCGGGCGCCACGGUCAAACUCACGUUCGAUCAGUUCAACCUGGAGGGACCGUACUGCGCAUACGACUUCCUAGAUAUACUAGACGGGCCAAACAACAAGUCAGAGAGAAUCGACAAGUACUGCGGGGACACACUGCAGGGGCAGACCGUGCGGUCCACAGGCAGCGCCCUCUACCUGCACUUCCACUCGGAUCGGAGCGUCGCCGGGACCGGGUUUUCCGCAAGCUUCAGGGCGGUGUGUACUGGUGAGUGUGCAGCGACAGAGCCGCCUCUAGUUACGGAGGCGCCACCCCUUCCACCGACAAAUGCACCACCCCCUCCAGAGACGGAGGCUCCACCCCCCGAACCAACAGAAGCACCACCCCCUCCACCAACAGAGGCACCACCCCCUCCACCAACAGAGGCACCACCCCCUCCAGAAACAGAAGCCCCGCCCCCUCCAGUGACGGAGCCCCCUCCAUUGGUGGAGUGCCCGCCGUACCAGUACGCAUGUAGGUCCGGCGAAUGUACACACCAGCGGUAUGAGUGCAACGGCACACCAGACUGUCAGGACGGCAGCGACGAAGCACGCUGCUUUGAGUGCGACCACAACAUACACAAGCCUUAUUACGUCAUGCCGUACUACUGGGUCUGUGACGGGCUAAAUGACUGUGUGGACGGGGCGGACGAGGCCGGAUGUGAAGGGCCGCCCACUCCGCCUUCUGUACUAGAAGCCCAUUGGUCCGAGUGGGGUGACUGGGGUGCGUGUUCCAAGGACUGUGAAGGCACGAGGAACCGUACCCGGGAGUGUGUGAGGUACCAGGAAGGACAGGAGUGUUUGGAAGGCUCGAACGUGCAACAUGAGAUGUGCGGAUCCCCAGGACCCUGUACGCCUGAACCAGACAGUGACUGUGGCACCAGGGUGUUCGAGCAGGGUCGUGUCCGGAUUGUCAACGGCGAGGACGCAGUGCGGGGCUCGUGGCCGUGGAUCGUGCAGUUCGGGGUGACGUGGGGACAGAAGCCGUUCUGUGGAGGAACCCUCAUUGAUCCGGAGUGGGUCGUCACCGCUUCACACUGCUUCUACGACGAAGAGUACGUUUAUUAG